GGCACGUUUUGUUAGAGAUAUAUGGAUCGAAGGUGACAGCUGCCUUGAAGCAAAGAACAAGCAUAUAUGGUUUACGGUCCACACUCCACAGAGAAUAUAAUAUAUUUCCUGAAUAAUAUAUAUGCUCCAUAUCACCAUCAGUAUUCAACUGUGUACCGCGACGAGCAUGCACAUUCCUCAAGAAUUUAUGUCUAUAUAUAUGCACAGUACGUGGCCGUAACCAAUAACCAUCGAUAUACCAGAGUUAUCUGUUCGUCAUUCUUGAUCUGCUACGUACUAUAUAUAUUAACUUCAAGCUUGUUCUGCAGGUAUAUUCUUGAAGAUGGAUGCGGCCAUUGGGAGGUCCGGUGGAGCCAAAUAUGACUGCUUGGUUUUUGAUUUGGAUGAUACUCUUUAUCCCCUGAGCUAUGGUCUCAACUUGGCAUGUCGCAAGAAUAUUGAAGAGUUCAUGCUGCAGCAAUUGCAAAUAGAAGAAGGUGAGGUACCAAGGAUGUGCCUGGACCUAUACCGGGAAUAUGGGACAACCAUGGCUGGUCUAAAGGCUCUUGGUUACGAAUUUGACAAUGAUGAGUUUCAUGCCUAUGUCCACGGUAGACUGCCCUAUGAUGUAUUGACGCACGAUCUGGUGUUAAGGAACCUUCUGUUAUCAAUGCCCCAGAGAAAAAUAAUCUUUACUAACUCAGACAGGGCGCAUGCAGCUCAAGUUCUCAACAGGUUGUGCUUGGAAGAUUGUUUUGAAGGCAUCAUAUGCUUUGAAACUCUUAACCCUCCUCAUAAUCUUUAUGAUGAAACAGAAGUACUUGAUUGCAUGAGCAGUACUCCUACUGCAGCAGAUGACCUCCGUACGGUCCUCCCAAAACAGGCACUGGAGGCUAAAGCCACUGACUUGACCGUUACUAGUCUAAUUGGUCCCCCCAAGUCACCAAUCCUUUGCAAACCCUCCGUGAAAGCAACUGAAGCUGCUAUUCGUAUUGCAAAUGUUGAUCCAAAGAAAACAUGCUCGAAACAUAGCAAGUGGGAAGGCAGCAGGACUUCAUACAGUCAUUGUGGGGAGCUCAGUACUAGUGCCCGGUGCAGAUCAUGCGUUGAGUAGUAUCCACAACAUUAAAGAAGCAUUGCCUGAGAUAUGGGAAGGGGAAGAAGGCCAACAACUCGAACAAUUUAUGCAGUCAAAUACCGUUGAAACAGUAGUCCUAGCAUAGGUCUUCUACCGUGCCACAAUUUCCACCACCUUGUAAUGCAAAUUUCAUCUAAUCAAGGCUGGCGGUAAUUUGGUGAAAUAAAUGGAAUUAAAGAUCUUUAUGAAUCCAGCCUAUUAUUACACUUGUAAAACGAUAGAAUUUAAAGAAUAAUUUGUGUAACUGACUCCUGGUUCUUGUAUAAAACAGACUCUGUUUUGCGCAACA